AUUAUUUUGACAAUUUAUCAAAUUUAGGAAUGUCCUUAAGACAGGUAUAGAUUGUUGGCAACAAAUAUUCAAUCUAUUGAAGCUCGACAAUGGUUUCCGUGUUGGGACGAGCCGGAAUUUAAAGCAACAUUUCUAAUUAGAUUCAAUCAUGAGAUGAAAUAUAAGAUAUGGCCAACCUUGUCACCUGCUAGUUAUGUACAAGAUAAUUAUAACGAAAACUGGAUGUGGACAAAUUAUGUCAUUGAAAACUCAAUAUCUACUUAUCAAGUGAUGUUUGCACUAACUGAUUUAGAUCUUAGAUUAUCUGGCGAGGAAUAUAUAUUUCAUCCUACAAUUUCUAAAGAUCUGUUCAGUCCGAUAUGGACUAGACCUGUGAUGAAACAGUUUAUGAAUUUGUCAGGUGUCGUGAUUGCGCAGAUUCUAGAAUCUGACUGGUACCGCAAAAUUCCUAAAACUGUCAUGAGUAUAGAUCACCUUGCAAUUCCAACUAUGCAAGAUGAUGUCAUCGCAAAAGGGAGGAUAAUUCUUUAUAAAGAAUCGCUUGUUACUUUUGAUGAAAAAGGAGAUAGUAGGGACCAUAAAUGGGAGGUAGUAAGCACACUAGCACGUGGAAUGGCAUAUCAGGCGAUAGAUAAUGCAAUCACACUGUCGAAAUGGUCUGACUUAUGGUUCAAAACGGGGCUUGCUGCUCUUCUUCAUGUGGAAAUUCUAAAUGAGGUUCCUUUGUAUUAUUAA